GGCGCCAUUGAUGAUCAUUGCUGUCAGGGCACAGGAACCAACACUAUCGCUUAUUCGAUCAUCUGGAUAAGCUUUCCAAUUCCUACCAUUUCUAAAAUUCUACGCCAUGGGGUGCGUUAAAUUGACUCGCCCUCCAUGUUUGAUUGUUCAAUUGGACGGUUUCGGGCCUUAGCUUUCCACAGAAGAACAAGGUUUUCAAUUGGUGGAAAGCAUGGCAGCUCCAGCAACAGCAGAUAUAUGUGAUGCAAAUGCAGCACAUGUCACAAGCGGAGAUCUCCGAGUACUACAACAAAAAUUCAAGGUUUACGGGCAACGACGAGCGUUCUCAGGACCGAUAGUGACAGUGAAGGUGUUCGAAGACAAUGUUCUGGUAAGACAACUUCUUGAAAGCCAAGGUGAGGGGAGGGUUCUGGUGAUUGAUGGGAAUGGAAGCAGGAGAUGUGCAUUGUUGGGAGGCAAUCUUGGGCAGGUGGCUCAAAGCAUGGGGUGGGCUGGUGUUGUUGUAAAUGGCUGCAUAAGAGAUGUUGAUGAGAUCAACAACUGUGAUGUUGGCGUGAGAGCAUUGGGGACUAAUCCAUUGAAGUCGAACAAGAAAGGGUUGGGAGAGAAGCAUGUGCCUGUUCAUAUUGGUGGGACUUUGAUUCAUGAAGGAGAGUGGCUGUAUGCAGAUAGUGAUGGCAUUUUGGUGUCCAAAUUUGAGUUGUCUGUUGAAUAGAUACCUCAUUCAUAGCAUCAUUGCUUGUUUUUUAAGCUUCUUCCAAAGUGUAUUGGAUUGAGUCAUGAGAACUCUUUCAUAGUUGUAAUAUUCAAUGUACUUUCUAUUAUUCCAUUAUUCCGAGGUCGUUACAAAUUAACGUUAUGAUUUGAUUACGAUUUCAUUUUUAGGUCGUUA